AUGAACCACAAGUAUUCUCCGAUCGAACUUCCCCAAAAAAAGAAAUGGACCGAAGAUGAGCGGGCAGCACUAGCUCAAAAGCUCGACGAUGAUCUUGACAGAUUCAUGGAAGAAAUGGCUGCUAAAAAAGCGGAAAAACCAGAACCUCGGAAGCCAUUUGACUUUGAUGAGUGGUGUAAAGAGAUUGAUCAACAUCCAGCGUUCAUGAAGGAAAUGCCAAAAGAUGGUAAAUACAAGGAUACCAUUGAAGCUUUGCAGGCUAUGAAAUACGAUAAAGAGGAUGACGAAGACAAACAGCAGAAUGCAGAACAUCACAAAAAUGAAGGAAAUAAACACUUCAAAUUUAAAAAAUACCGAUGGGCAACUGAUUGUUAUUCUAAUGGUAUCAAAGAAAACUGCCCGGAUCGUAAAUUGAACGCUGUUCUUUAUUUCAACCGCGCUGCCGCCCAAAAACACAUCGGAAACCUCCGGUCUGCAAUCAAAGACUGUUCAAUGGGUCGUAAGUUUGACCCCACCCAUUUAAAAGGAGUGAUUCGUGGAGCAGAGUGUCUUCUGGAAUUAGAAUACGCUAAAGAUGCAUUGAACUGGAUAGAAAGCAGUAAAAAGAUUUUUGCUUUCACUAAAGAAACUUCUGAAACACCUGAUCUGACAGAAGAUGAGAAAAAGUAUAUUGAUGAACUGGAAAAAACACGAGUAAAAGCUGUAGAGCUAUCAUUGAAAGAGGAAAGAGAUAAAAGGAAAUCGCGCGCCGAGGAAAGAAAAGAAACUGAAGCGAAAAAGAAACUUCUGGACGCAUUGAAGGAAAGAAAUCUCAAUUUGAGUCCACGAGUUCCGUUCGAUCAUCCAGAACUGAUGGAUAUGGCAAGGCUCACUGUAUCACUUCCAUUGAUGCGUACGCACGAGUGUGUGAAAUUCGAUGAUGAUUCAAACCUUGUGUGGCCUAUUCUUCUACAAUAUCCAGAAGCUGGACAGACAGAUGUUCUCACUGAAACUAGCGAAUUGACAGCUAUCGGGGAGCUCCUCAAAGAAGUGUUCCGUGAACCAGCACAAUGGGAUCCAGAGCACAAGUUUCAGUUCGAUAACGUCCGAUUUUUCGUAUCUGAUCAAUAUGAUGAAUAUUUGACGGAAGUGUACGAAUGGAAUGAUUUCAAAACCAUUCUCAGUCUGCCUGGAAAUCAAAUUAAGCAAGGGCUUCCCGUUAUUAUGAUUCUAACCAAAGAGAAAGCAGCAGAAUCCCUGGAAGCUUUAUCAGAAGGAGAAAACAAAUAUGUGGCAAAAUAA